AUGCCGCCAGCCUCCACUCCUUCUCCAUCGUCAACACCUGCUGUUUCCCCCCCAGCCGCUUCCCCUCCCCUUCCUGUGCUGAGCCCGCACAUCGUCUCCGUGGUGAAAUCCACCGCGCCCGUCCUGGCGGCUCAAGGCCCCCGCAUCACCCAGGUAUUCUACCCGCUCCUCUUCUCCCGGUACCCUGCCGUCCAAGAACUCUUCAACAAACGCAACCAAGCGCCGGAACCCGAUGGGACGCCCGCCCGACAGCCUCAGGCCUUGGCCAAUGCCGUCUGGGCCUACGCGGCCAACAUCGAUAACCUCUCCGCCCUCUCCGCGGCCGUCUCCCUGAUUGCCCACAAACACGCCUCCCUCCACGUCCUCCCCGAGCACUACCCGAUGGUUGGAGAGUGCCUCCUGGCGGCCAUUGCGCAGGUAUUGGGUCCCGAGGUGGCGACUGUGGAGGUGCUGAAAGCCUGGGAGCAAGCGUACGGAUUUUUGGCCGCCGUCUUCGUCCAGACAGAGGACGGACUCCGGUCCAGCAAUGCCCGGAAGCGGCACGGGUGGACGGGGUGGAAAACCAUGCGGGUGGCACGGAAGGUGAUGGAAUCGGAGGAUGUGGCUUCCUUCUACCUGAGCAAUGGGCAGGUAGGGGAGCCCGUGUGCGCCUACCUACCGGGCCAGUACAUCUCCCUCCGCCUGACCCUGCCCAACGGGGAGGUCGAAGAGCGAGACUACAGUCUGAGCGAGUUUGCUGUACCCGCGUCCGCGCAUGCCUUGGAGCCGGGCGGGAAAGCGCGAUCGGCCGAGGAGGAGGGAGGGAAGAAGGAGUGUAAGGGGGAAGGCCGGGGAGAGGAUGGGAAGGAGGAAGGGGAUUGCCCCCCCUAUUUCCGCAUCAGCAUCAAGCGUCUCCCGGGGGGUGCCGUAUCCACCUACAUGCACGACAAGGUGGAGGAGGGAAGCGAGAUUCUGGUCGGGCCACCCUACGGCGACUUUGUCCUCGCCCCUCCCUGUACCCCUUCCUCCUCCCCCUCCUCGCAUCCACGGCCCCUGGUCCUCCUCUCAGCCGGGAUUGGCAUCACUCCCCUGCUUUGCAUGGCCGAAGCCGUGUUGCUCGGCACGCCGUCGCAAGAGAGCAAGGAGCAUCGACCCUCUUUCCCUUCCUCGCUCCCUCCCAAAGUCUUCUUCCUCCACACGGCCAGGGACGCGGCCCAUUUCCCCUUUGCGGCCCGUCUUGCGAGCCUCGCGGCCACACAUCCCACCCGCUUUGCCUGCCACGUGUCCUUCACACAAGGAGCCGUAGAGGGAGGGGCGGAGGGAAAGAAGGAGGGAAAAGUCCGAUGGGGCACGGGGCGGUUGACGGCGAGCGCCUUACACGAGGCGUUGGGCGGGAAGGUACGACCGCAGGACUGUAGCUUCUACUUUUGUGGACCGGCGGGGUACAUGGUGAGCGUUCGACGCUUGUUGACGUGGUUGGGAGUGCCCGCGGAGGAGGUGAAGUAUGAGUGUUUCGGCCCCGCAUCAGCCGAGGUGGAGGCGGCGGGGGUGAUACCGUCGAGUUUUUCUUGA